CAGAUUCAUUUUUUGCGACGACUUUACCUUCGAUUAGGGCCAUAAAUGAAACCACGUCUGACUGGUUAAGAAAUGACACUUCCAGAUAUGCCAAAAGGAACUUCAAGUCUAAAGUCAAUGCCGACGAUUCGAUAUUUUUACGUUUCGCCAAACGUUUUACCCACGACAAUAAUCUGGUGUCCGGAAUCAUUCAAGAGUGCUAUCAACGGCCAACGUUUGCCUGUUUCCAAAAGAAUGUCUACGUUUAUCUUAACGAGGUAUUGGAUGCGCAAGAUGUGAACGUGACACAACGUUUAAAGUUCUAUCGCAACGAUAAUGUCUACGAGGAGCAGGCGGAAUUGGCAGAUGAGGAUAUAGCUGAACCACCAACACCGCACACCACACAAGCAUCGGCGGCCAAGGAUUCCAUGGAGGACGAGGAUAAUGAAAUACCACGUGAAGGUCGUUCCUUUGAUGACGCUUCGACAAUGCCGGAAACCCCAAUUGAGGAAGUCACAAAUGCUUUGUACGGUAAAAGCAUUAAAUUUGCCAUGACACACAAUAUCGAAUUGAAGCUGCCGGAGAUGAUGUUCGAUGGUGCCACAUUUCGUAUAUCGCCCAGGUCAAUAGAGGGUAAUGGUGUUAUAGCCAAGUUGGAGUUAAUACCCAAGCAAAAGAGUGAAGCUCGUUUGGCUGGCAAAAUCCUGAUGAAGAAAUUACAGAAACUUUUGAAAAGUAAACUGUUACUAUCGUUCCUGGCCUUGGUCUUGAUUAUAAAAAUUAUCAAAAUCAAACUCUUCUGGCUGCUGCCAUUGGUCAUUGGUGUGGGUGCGGCCAAGAAAUUGCUAUUGAAAUUCCUACUCUUCCUAUUUCCAGCCUUGUCGCAUCUCUUCAAAUUGUGUUCGUAUUAUCAGCAGACCUAUCAUUCGACAAAAUAUCAUCAUCACCAUCAUCACAUUAAUCAUCAUCAUACGAUUGUCCCUCCAUGGCAUAAAACCGCUCACAUUCCGGAAAUUAUUUAUUCACAUCCGCCGAAAGGACACGUAUCGACAUAUUUACAUGGAGCACCCAUACAUGAACACUAUGGACCACCGGGACAUUCACAUGAACAUUAUGAUGGUUGGGAAAAUUCCGGGCCUGGGUUAGGUUCAGAAUAUAUAAGUGAUAUAAAUCGUGUUGCACAAAUCGAUGAAAAGACUAAUUAUUUUAAACCGCACCCAAAUAAUGAUGCCAAUGAAUUACACGCCUGGGGUCUGGGCACUACGCCUCUCACCACAUUACAAAAUAAACAGCGUCCACAUACGGGACCAUCACAACUACUGCAACAACAACAACAACAUCAACUGCAAUAUAAACGAGUUUCGACUCCAUUACAGAAACCCAGUAUUAUCAAUCAGACACCACAACAUUAUCAAAAACCUCAAGCCACUAGUCAGACAUUUAAUCCAUUCAAGCAACAGGGUGAUAAACAAAGCAUUUUCAAUCACAAAUAUCGAAACAAUCCUGCCGCUGCUCAAUCAGCACCAAGCCCUGUCUACACACCCUUACGGCAACCGGGAUUGCCACAGUUGCAGAAACCGAUAAAACCACAAAUUCAAGAUACAAUAUCAGCGGCAGCUCAAAUUGCUGCACAAUAUGAUCCGAGUCGAAAACAAGCACAUCAACAACAGCCAUUAGCAAAUGCACAGCAGGAUCCACAAUUAACG